CAGCGCUGCGCACAAGCAGCACAGCAACCACAUCGCUCCCAGAGGGAAGGAGAACACAUCACAGCUACAUAUCGCCAUUUAGCUGUAGUGUGGCGAAUCCGAUCAGCGUUGUAGGAUGCCUCUUGGAGAGGAUGGAAAUGGAUGGAAAAAGAAGACAUCAGACAUCAAAGAACAUUAUGACUUCAAAGAAGUGCUGGGAACGGGAGCUUUCUCAGAGGUGGUUCUAGCAGAGGAGAAGAGGACCCAGAGGCUGGUGGCCAUCAAGUGCAUCCCCAAGAAAGCGUUGGAAGGCAAAGAGAACAACAUUGAAAAUGAGAUUGCGGUGCUACACAGAAUCAAGCACCCCAACAUUGUUUCACUGGAGGACAUCUUUGAAAGUACAUCCCAUCUAUAUCUUGUCAUGCAGCUGGUAUCUGGAGGUGAGUUGUUUGACAGGAUUGUGGAGAAAGGUUUCUACACAGAGAGAGAUGCCAGCCAGCUCAUCCACCAGAUCUUGGAUGCAGUCAAAUAUCUCCAUGACAUGGGGAUCGUCCACAGAGACUUGAAGCCAGAGAAUCUGCUGUAUUACAGCAUGGACGAAGACUCC